AUGGAAGGAAAAUCGAACAACCAACUCCCUCGAUUCUUCUUCCCAGACUAUCUCUCUCCCUAUUAUCACCUCCUCCCUCGAUUCUCUCUCUCGAUUCUGCUGGUGUUGGCGGCGGGGCGACGAGCUGCUGUUGGGCGAGGUGGAGGCGCUGCUGCUGCGGCGGGGCGUCGAGGUGGAGUCGGCGGGGCGACGAGAAGGAGGGCGGCGGGGCAACGUCGAGGUGGAGGGGUCGGAGGGAGAAGGAGGGGGUCGGAGGCGGCAGUCGUGACUGGUGAGGGAGAAGGAGGGGGUCGGAGGUGGAGGCGGGUCGUGACUGGUGACUGGUGA